GUUACAGCCUUACCAGUUUGAACCAGAACUUGCUUUGCUGGGCUGAACGUUGGCUACGCGAUAGCAAAGUAGCGCUUAACAUCGGGUCAGCAACAAGAUAGUGGAGAAACCCAAACGCCACCACGGAUUUUUUAUGGGACAAACGUACAGGCCUCGCUGCAAAAACGAUGCCUCACAAUAGACGAUACACAUCUUCAGAUAGAGAUAGUCGAACCAGCUAUCCAGACAGAUACAGAGACCGAGGACGAAGACAUCGACACAGAAGGACACCUACUAACUCCACUAGUAGUGACAGAGAUCGUGACAGAAGGGGACGAGGGCACCGACAAGAAGGAAGCUAUCUACGCUCAAGGAGAACACAGCAUUUUGUCUGUGUGUCUCUGUGCACCCGCAGCUAUGACAAUCGCUCAGCAGAACACCGGCCCUUCGACAGGAGAUACUAUGAGGGAUACAGACGAUUGGACCAGAGCCGUGAGCGGGACAGGGAUAGGGAGCCGCACGGAGCAGCUGAAAACUAUUAUCCUCGCGAUUUCUCCCCGAAUAUGUACGACUACCGUCACGGCCGCGAGAGAGAGCGUGAGCGGGACGACUCGUACCGGCGGAAGGGCAGCAGGCGUAAGCACAAACGAAGGCGGCGUAGAACCAGGUCCUAUAGCCCCUCAUCCUCGCGGAGCGCCAGUCGGACACGAGCACUGAGUGUGAGGGACGACGAGGAAGGGCACCUGAUCUGUCGGAGUGGGGACGUCCUGCAAGAGAGAUAUGAGGUUGUCAGCACUUUGGGGGAAGGCACCUUUGGGAGGGUGAUGCGCUGCAUUGACCAUCGCAGGGGAGGAGCCCAUAUCGCUCUGAAAAUCAUCAAGAAUGUUGAGAAGUACAAGGAAGCAGCUCGACUUGAGAUUAACGUUUUAGAGAAGAUAAAUGAAAAGGAUCCUGAUAACAGAUUCUUGUGUGUACAGAUGUAUGACUGGUUUGACUACCACGGUCAUAUGUGUAUCUCCUUUGAGCUGCUAGCUCUGAGCACUUUCGACUUCCUAAAGGAAAACAACUAUCUGCCCUACUCCAUUGGUCAAGUCAGACACAUGGCCUACCAGCUCUGUCUUGCUGUGAAAUUUCUUCAUGAUAAUAAACUGACACACACAGAUCUGAAGCCAGAAAACAUCCUGUUUGUCAACUCUGACUUCACGAUGACGUAUAACGUUGAGAAGAAACGAGAAGAGCGAACUGUCAAAAGCACAGCGGUGCGAGUCGUGGACUUUGGCAGUGCCACUUUUGACCACGAGCACCACAGCACCAUCGUGUCGACGAGGCAUUACCGUGCCCCUGAGGUGAUAUUAGAACUAGGCUGGAGUCACCCCUGUGAUGUCUGGAGUAUCGGCUGCAUCCUGUUUGAGUACUACUUGGGCUUCACCUUGUUUCAGACUCAUGACAACAGAGAGCAUUUGGCCAUGAUGGAAAGAAUCCUGGGUCCAGUACCUUCAAGGAUGAUUCGUAAGACCAGGAAACAGAAGUAUUUCUAUCGCGGACGACUAGAUUGGGAUGAGAGCUCGUCGGCGGGAAAAUAUGUCAGAGAAAACUGCAAACCAUUGCGGCGGUACCUGCUGUCCGAAGCAGAGGAGCACCACCAGUUGUUUGACCUGAUUGAAAGCAUGCUGGAGUACGAGCCGUCCAAGAGGCUGACGCUGUCAGACUCCCUCAAGCACCCUUUCUUCGAGAACAGUGGCACCGGCGAGGCGGCCGGGAGCAAGAACUGGGAGGGCAACCGCGACAUCAGCCGGUGACCUUUGCUCUUCACAGACAGACUGACAGGGGAGAUCAGUAGCUGAACUGUUCAGUAACCUUGGACUGGAGGUUCUGUGGGAGAUAACAGCAUGGACCCCUUGACUUCCUGCUCCUCCAGCACGACCUUCCCCUGUUCUUCCCAAGUGGCAUGUUUUAUUUUUUUGCGGCAGCAGAGAGACCAAAAUAAGCAGUACAAGGCUGGAGAAGAGUUGAAUCUUUUCUAGUGAUCACAGCCCAAGAAACAAGGUUGAAUAAAAUUGAAGGUGAAGGAUCUGUACCCAAACAGCCUUCUAUGCAGCUUCUGUCUUCCUGUCGACUGGGGAACACCUCUCUCCCUGCUGUCCGAAGAAAAUGACACCACCGACACUCUCCGUCUCUAAAACACGACUCAGUUCGGAAGCAGAAAUCUCUCCCAGUGCCGAAGUCCGGGAAAAGGGUAAAGAGGAGAUAGAUAGCUGUAAGAUCAGUAUCUCAGCCACAAACUUUCUAAUUCUCUAAAACGAGCAAAUAUUAUACACAGAGUAUUUGCUUUCUUUUUAAUCUGGUGCAUAAACAUGCGUCCCAUGUUUUUGUUAACAUUGUCAAUGAGCCAUUGCUUUGCAUUCUUUAAUAUAUUGCCUAAAAAGAAAAAAAAAUGCGAUUAACCCCUCUACGAAAGCUGACCCAGUUGGUGGGUCGUUGGACACUCCUCACAUCGGCCUCUCUGUAGCCUGACUUAUUUACCCGUUUGUUUUGUUAUGCAUUGUUUUUCUAAGUGUGAGUGUUUAUUUUUGUGCGUGUGUGUGUGUGUGUGUGAGCAUAUUGAUGUGAAUGGGGAUGGGUGAUGCGUUCAUGUUCAGCUCUACGGUUAAGUUGAGCGUUAUUCUUGGGGUCGUUCUCAUAUAAAACGAAACUGCCUAUUCCACAGUUCACAUGAGAAGUCUCCACAUUAGGGUUAAGCACACAGCUCCGGUCGGUGGUAUUUAUUUUCCAAUUUCUAUUAUAGGUCGUAGUCCACAUUAUCCUCCUGAAUGUGACUUGUUUUUUUUUGUAUGAAAUGAAAGCGUAUAAUGCUGUAUAUAUGUAUUAUUGUGUAGAAUUAAAGUCUUCUUUGCCAAAGGUUA